GACGCUUUGCUGGGCAGACUCAAGCGGAUAGCGCACUCCGUUCGGCUGAGCGAGUUGUGCUGCUUCCAUGGGCUUUUAAUGAGGCUGAGCUGCCCGCUGCAGCAAACACAGGUAGAGAGGCGGGGCCAUGCUCUUUUAGUUGGACAGUCGAGGACUGUUGAUAAGGUUGGGUGCACCUCUCUGCGCACAGGACCCGGUUUUCUUGACGCUUGUCUAUGUUGUGAAUUGUAAGUGUGGGAGCUGGAUCCCAGCAGGGUGCGAUUGUAGAGGGAUGCACCUGUAUGGAGGUAGGAAAGGAUGAGCCGAGACGCUUUGGAUCGCCAUCUGUGCUGCUCCCUGCAGAUCGUGCCAGGCAGACAUGGACUAGCGGCUACACGGGCUCUGCCUAUCACGUGUGCGAUCUAACUAACGCGCCGGCAAAUUGGCCCUUAUCUUUGUGACUGGGAUGGAUUGGUGAUAUGCAUUUCAGUGGACUUUGUGCGUGCAGACAUCUCCUCUUGGAAGCCUUAUGGGGGGCAUCCCAUGGUCGCAUCUGAAGGGCAUGUUCUAGACUAGUCACCAUGAGCUACUGCUGCUACUGCUACUGCCAUUAAUUCAGUUCCUUCCCGCACCGGAGACCUUUGGAAUAGCGCCUGCAAAGCUUCGCUGGAGCCUAAUGGGCAAUUUAUCGUCCCUCCAAUAAUGGAGAACCUAAGAAUGUGUAAAGACUCUGCACCAUACCAGGGAAAUGCAGGAGUACAGGAGAUGCGUGCUCCUUUGAAGAAACAACCUGAAGAAGAGUUGCAGUGCCUGGAGAUGACAACUAAGCGGAAAAUUAUUGGGAGGCUGGUCCCAUGCAGGUGUUUUCGGGGUGAAGAGGAAAUAAUAUCAGUAUUGGAUUAUUCCCACUGCAGCCUUCAGCAGGUGCCAAAGGAAGUAUUCAGUUUGGAAAGAACAUUAGAGGAGCUUUAUCUUGAUGCUAAUCAAAUUGAAGAGUUACCUAAGCAAUUGUUCAGUUGCCAGGCCCUUCGGAAGCUGAGUAUACCAGACAAUGAUCUUUCAAAUCUGCCAACAACUAUUGCAAGUUUAGUGAAUCUCAAAGAGUUGGAUAUCAGUAAGAAUGGAAUUCAAGAAUUCCCUGAAAACAUCAAAUGCUGCAAAUGCUUAACCAUAGUUGAAGCCAGCGUGAAUCCCAUAUCAAAGCUCCCGGAUGGUUUUACUCAGCUUCUUAACUUGACUCAGCUGUACCUUAAUGAUGCCUUUCUUGAGUUUCUUCCUGCUAACUUUGGAAGGCUCAACAAAUUGCGGAUAUUGGAAUUAAGGGAAAAUCAUUUGAAAACAUUACCAAAGUCUAUGAACAAACUUACCCAGCUGGAGAGGCUUGAUCUAGGCAAUAAUGAUUUUACAGAACUGCCAGAAGGCCUGGAACUAAUACAAAACUUAAAGGAACUAUGGCUCGACAACAAUUCCCUUCAAACACUGCCUGGGGCUACAGGAAAGUUAAAGCAGUUAAUAUACCUGGACAUGUCAAAGAAUCGAAUUGAAACUGUAGACACAGAUAUAUCUGGCUGUGAAUCCCUUGAAGAUCUGUUACUUUCCUCUAAUUUAUUACAACAGUUACCUGAUUCUUUAGGUCUUUUGAAAAAACUUACAACUUUGAAAGUAGAUGACAAUCAACUUAUAGCAUUACCAAAUACAAUUGGAAAUUUAUCUUUAUUAGAAGAGUUUGAUUGCAGCUGUAACGAGCUGGAGUCUUUGCCGCCCACUAUAGGAUACCUGCAUAGUCUCCGAACAUUAGCAGUUGAUGAAAAUUUCCUCACAGAGUUGCCCAGGGAAAUUGGGAACUGCAAGAAUGUCACAGUAAUGUCACUUCGUACUAAUAAACUGGAGUUCCUUCCUGAAGAGAUUGGACAGAUGCAAAAAUUGAGAGUGUUAAACUUGAGCGAUAACAGGCUGAGGAAUUUGCCGUUCAGUUUUACUAAACUUAAAGAACUUGCUGCUCUGUGGCUUUCUGACAAUCAGUCCAAAGCACUCAUUCCUCUUCAAACUGAAGCUCAUCCAGAUACAAAACAGAGGGUAUUAACAAAUUACAUGUUCCCCCAACAACCACGUGGUGAUGAAGAUUUCCCGUCAGACAGUGACAGUUUCAAUCCAACACUGUGGGAGGAACAGCGGCAGCAACGAAUGACAGUGGCGUUUGAUUUUGAAGAAAAGAAGGAAGAAGAAGAAGCCCCAGGAAAACUCAAAGUGGAAAUUAACCUUAAACGCUACCCAACACCAUAUCCUGAAGAUUUAAAGAAUAUGGUCAAAUCGGUGCAAAGCUUGGUCGUCAAAGGAAGCCUUGGAUCGUCAUUGGAAAAUUCCAUACCAACACCAAGUGCUGAACAAAAUCUCAAGGAAAAAUAUGAGCAUAAAUGGCCAGUAUCGACAAAGGACAUGAAGUCUGAGGUGUCAAAUCGGGAACAUAAGGAGUUCCAAAAAAGCCAAAUAUCAGACUCAGGCAAUAUCCGUAGCUUUUCUGUGGAUGUUCCAAAAAGGAAGGAAAAAGAGGAACAUUCAGAGAGAACAGAGCAGGAAGCUUUUGGGCAUCGUCCAAAUGAGAUGAGAAUAGCAGAACUUCGUCCAUCCUUAAUUGAGACUCCAUUAUACCCACCCAAACUGGUAUUGUUGGGAAAAGAUAAAAAAGAAUCUACUGAUGAGUCAGAAGUUGAUAAACAUCAUCAUAAUAGCGUUUCUUCAGGCACUUACUCAGACUAUUCUCCAUCACAAGCAUCUUCAGGAUCAUCUAAUGCUCGGGUCAAAGUGCAGAUUACAGCUAAGGAAGCAGUAAAUAGUUCUUUGUGGGGUAACAGACUUACCCAGUCAUUCCCUCAGCCACUUGAAACAAAGCCAUUAUUGAGUCAGCGAGAGCCAGCUCCGGUUGGGAAUUUACAACAGCGAAAUGAUAGACAAGCUCUCAAUGACUCCUUUACAGAGAACUGGAAUGAUAGCUCACACUAUGAUAACACUGGUUUUGUUGCAGAAGAAAAUACAGUAGAGAAUCCGAGCAGUAAUCCAAUGCUAAAUGCAAAAUCAAGAAGCACAUCUGCUCAUGGACGCAGGCCAUUAAUUAGACAAGACAGAAUAGUGGGUAUUCCUUUGGAACUGGAGCAACCUGCACAAAGAAAUUCCCAAGAAUCAGAUGUGCCCUCCAACAAUCCUUGGCAAAACUGGACUAGAACUCCAAGUCCUUUUGAAGACAGGACCGCUUUUCCUUCUAAGCUAGAAAGCACCCCUGUCAGUAGUCCAAUGCCAGAACGGAAAGAACAUAAACAGCAGUCUCAUGAAACCCCAAGCAAAUUUUCAUCAGGGGCAGCCUGGGGGUUUCAUGAUUCAAGUACCAGUAGGAGUAUGGGGAAUGUAUUUGCACAUAAUCAUUGUCGUCCAGAGUCUGCCAAAAACUCUGUAUCAGUGAGCAAAAGUACUGAGAGGCUUUCACCAUUAAUGAAGGAUUUGAAGACUGGUCGGUUUAAAAAGUCACAAAGCAUAGAUGAAAUAGACAUAGGUGCAAUGAAAGUGUAUAACAUACCACUGCAAAAUUAUGACCCAAGAAAUGUCAUGCAACGAAGUCAUGAAAGACAAAACUUAGGGUUGGUUCAGGAGCAGAGUAUGUCACGCAGUCAGUCAGUACCGAUGCUUGAUGAUGAAUUGCUUGGCUACGGAAGCAGCAGGGGGCAUCAGCCAAAAACUAAAAAAGUUUAUCAGUUUGACCAAAGUUUUAACCCUCAAGGAGCAGUAGAGGUAAAGCCAGAAAAAAGAGUACCUCCACCUUUUUCAUACAAUCAAGAAUAUGCUGCACAGGCAAAAACAAUUGCAAAGGAUUUGAUCAGCCCAAGGGGCUACCGAGGUUAUCCACCCAUGGAGCAGAUAUUUUCUUUCUCUCAGCCAUCAGUAAAUGAAGAUUCACUUCCACCCCAAUUUACAAGUCAAGGUUCAAGGCCAGGGUUUUUGAAAAGAGCAGAUUCCUUAGCAAGUGCCACCGAAAUGGCAAUGUAUAGGAGAGUCAGUGAGCCACAUGAACCUCCACAGACCGACAGAUAUGGCAGGCCUCCUUUUCUAGGCGCUAUGGACCGUCAAAAUAGCAUGUCAGUUGCUGAAUCCCAGUUUUUGAAAAGGAAUGGAAGAUAUGAAGAUGAUCACAGCUUAUACCCAGAAAUGAAAACUCAAAGUGGUAGUUAUCAAGUUAAAAGCCUUACACAAAGAAGGCCAUUAUCUGCAAGAAGCUACAGUACAGAGACCUAUGGAACCACUCAAACAAGACCUGUCUCUGCAAGGCCCACAAUGGCAGCUCUGCUUGAAAAGAUUCCUUCUGAUUACAAUUUGGUUAACUAUGGUGAUAAAUCAUUUGAAAACAGUGAAAUGAAGUCAAGGCAAAAUGCUGGAAAAAUAGAAGAAAGCUGCAAUAAGAUGCCUGCAGACUGGCGACAACAGCUCCUUAGACAUAUAGAAGCUAGAAGGUUAGACAGGAAUGCUGCUUAUAAGCACAACACUAUUAAUCUUGGCAUGCUGCACUCAGGAAGUUUCCCAGCAAUGCAUGCUGGCAAAAGCAUGACUUUAACCAUGCAGCCUAGACCUUACUAUCAAGACAUAACUCUCCUGAAUACACCAUCACAGCAAAGCAACAUUCUAGACAAUGGACAGGAAGACAUGUCUUUGGGUCAAUGGAACCCUUAUCCGCUGGGUCGAAGAGAUGUACCACCUGAAAAUAUCACUAAAAAGCUUCCUGAAGCUUUGCCUAACGGGUUACAUUACCCACAGGCAGGUAGCCAUAUACAGACAUUAAUGGGAUCCCAGAGCCUGCAGCACAGAUCCAGAGAGCAGCAACACUAUGAAGGGGGUAUGAAUAAAGUCACCAUCCAACAGUACCAGUCACCACUUCCUAUUCAGAUUCCUUCAGCUCAGCGAGGUCCUCAGUCAGGAAGGUGUUUGAUCCAGACUAAAGGGCAACGGAGUAUGGAUGGAUACCCUGAGCAGUACUGUGUGAGAAUAGAAAAAAACCCAGGGCUUGGAUUUAGCAUCAGUGGCGGGUUAAGUGGGCAAGGGAAUCCUUUCAAGCCGUCUGACAAGGGUAUCUUUGUUACUAGGGUUCAGCUUGAUGGACCAGCGGCCGGUGUCCUGCAGCCUGGAGACAAGAUUUUAAAGGCCAACGGACACAGUUUUGUACAUAUGGAGCAUGAAAAAGCAGUUUCACUCCUGAAGAGUUUUCAGACCACAGUAGACCUAGUUAUUCAACGUGAGCUUACUGUCUAAAUAUUUUUAUAUAUGUAAAAGAUAUGUUUAGACAGUUCUUAUCCUUAAAGUAAAUUUAUACAUAGGAAAACCAUUUUGCCAAUUGCUGGAUCAAUGGCAAAGAUUAGUGCCAAAUGUAUAAUAUAUGUUAUUACUGACUUUCAGACGUUCACAAAAUACAUAUGGAAAUCACAUAGGUCUGUAUUAGUUAUAAUUGUCAGCCAGAGGCUGUGCAUUGGUGCAGUUUUUUAAAUAAAUAACUUUCUUCCCAAAGUGGAUUUCAUAUGGUUUCAAAGCAUGGAAGCACACAGAAGCUAUUAAAUUAUUCUAAUCGCCAUGAAACACUGCCUCAAAAUUGUAUAUGCCUUUUAUAUAAUAAAUAAAUCAUAGUAGGAUCUGCAAGUCAUAUUUUGACUUCUAUAAAAAAAAAAUGAUUACAAAACAGAAUCAUAUUUUCUUAACUAAGGAUUUGAUUGAUAAGAAAGUAUUUAUUAAAGAUGUAGAUAUAUACCGAUUUAAUCCCUUUUUAUAUAAGAAGAAAACAAAAAGAUACAUAUGCCUUAUGAAAUUAUAAAUGUGUAGAAUUAUUUCCAGAGGUUUAAAGAAUUUCAACUAGUUGGAUUGGUUUGUGGGCUCAUAUAGGGAAAAGCAAUGUGUAUAUAUAUUGUCUAUGGGGAAAUUUAAUAAUUUUGUAUAUUUAGCAAAUAUACAUCAACACUUUUUAAAUAUAGCAGGAACAGCCAACCUGUGAUCUUUCAAUCUUUUGUUUUACUUCAACGCCCAGCAUCUUCAUUAGCCCAUUCUUGUACAAGAACUGCUGGAGAGUCACAGAUUGGGCUUCCCUUCAUUGGAAAGCUUUCUGAAUAUAUUGCAGCUUUGUAAAGCAGAAAUAAAAAAUAAACAUAGACAAGGAUGAUGAGGUCAAUUGUAGCUUGAAUGUACAUUAGGCAGGGGCAGGCAUGAAACAAUUUGGCCUGUAGAUAAAUUAAGUGAAGAUUCCUUAAUUGCCAGUACCUUCUAAGCUACGGUACACUGGUUAGAGAUGUCAAUAAGAGGUUCCCUAGUGAGAUAAUAAAUCAUUCCUGGUUUUGGAAAGGGUUAGGGUCCUGGAUUGUUACCUCACUCAGGAACCAACAGGCAACUGAUAUCUUGGGCUAUCCUUGAAAAGCCCACUGUGAAUACCUUUACUGUUGAAAAUGCAGAUUCAUCAAUCCACUGAAUACCGAGGUGGCAUUACUACCUACAUUUAGCCAUAGUGAAUUGUAAUUUGCAACUUCAUGGUGUAGAUGUGAUUGAUUUGUAUGGAGCGCUACAGCAGUAAAGUGUAAUGUUGGUUGUCAGUUGCCAGAUAUGACAUUGCCAACCGGGAAAAAAUGCAGCCCCUAGCAUUUACUAUUUCAGGCCAGCCUACCCCUGAAAGAAAUCUACUGAAUGUGAUGGAGACUGAAACUAAUACUGCAGCUUCAUUGUCACUUUUGCGUUUAAACUACUGCUUACCAAUAUAAAUGGAACUCCAAUGAAUGUGAAACUCCUACUACAGCUAAAAUCAAUUAUUUGUAUAAUUUUUAUGUUGUGGCAAGGCGAAGUGUCAAGAAGGACUGUUAGCUUUUUGAUGGCAUGUGGUUUGUUUUCUUCCUUGGCUUUUUUCAUCCUCAGUAUAUAUGCUUUUAAACGCUUAUGUGAACGUUUUUUUAAUAAAAGUGAUUUUGAUCAAAG